GUUUCCCCAACCACGUCCUCCCCCCCACCCGUGUGCGUCCUCCUGUCCGCUGCUUUCCCCUGUCCUCCCCACUGUAUGGCAGGUGUGUGCCGGUGCGCAACUUCACCACAGUGUGGCGCUACCUCAUGGCCUCGCCCCUCGCAUACCUCGACAGCUCGGACCCAUUGCCUUCCCCCCCCGCCUACUCCCCUCGCAUGGCUCCUGACGUCAGGCCCCUCCAAUUCUCCACCGGCUCACAGUGGAUGGGCAUCACGCGGCGCCAUGCAUACGCCAUAGUGGAGGACCAGGCAGUGUACGCCAAGUUCGCGGCCUUCUGCCGGAACGACCGCUGGCACCAUCACUGCAACCCCGCCCAUCACUACGUCCCGACACUUCUACGGGUGACAUGGCCGGCAAGAGUGGCCAACCGAUCGGUCAUCUAUGCGCACUCGCCCUCCUCUCACCUCCUUGCUCCGCCCACCCUCACCCCCUCCCGCAUCUCCUCCCUCCUCCUACACAACGUGCAAGAAGCCAACCAUUACUAUGUCACCACCCAUGCCAACCAUGCAUCUGCGCGUCGCUGCAUUGUGGACUUCCGCCCUGCCAAGUGCUUCCUCUUCCUCGCCGGCCUCACUCCUGCUGCCGUCGAACGCUUCAACUUGCUGCCACUGCAACUGCUAGGCUACUGACACCCUACCCUCCACCCUCCACCCUUCACCCUCCACCAUCCACCCUUCUCUACAAGCGUCCAGCCCGGAUGGCAGCACCAAGAGUCAACUGCAAGCAUGGUAGCGGUCCAUGGCCAUUGUUUCUCUGAUUCCUCCAUCCGGGUAGUACAGGGGGGGCACCACCAAGGCAUCGAUGUGGAACAGCUGGUGUGCGUCCUGCUUUGUUUCACAUACAAGUGAACAGGGCAGGUUUUAAAUAAGAGCAUCUCACAUAGUAUUUACUGCAAUUCCACUACUCUCUCAUUUUAAACGGUGCUGCUGUAUGUCAGGUUGCCAUGCCAUGUGUUCGUUCGCAUAAUAAAGGCCCAAACAAAUU